GGUUGUCAAGGAAACGAGUUCCCCAUUCCUGCAUCGUGAGGGGUUGCUGCGCACAGCCCUCCUAGAAGACCCAAAUAAAUAAACAUUGUGCUUGAAUCAUUUGGGGUUAUCAUGCAGGAUCACAGGAAUAGGAUGAAGGCUUUUCCACCACCAGUCAGCAAAGACAGGAUCAUCUGGGAAUUCCCCCAAUGCUACACUUCUAAAGCCUCCCUGCAGUUGAAGACGGACUGGGACAUUCAGGCUAAAGCAGCCUUUAAAGACCAAGUUUCCAGGCUUCAGCCAUGGGAUCGCCAGAAAGUGUCUAAAGUGGUGAUGGUUGGAGACCUCAAUGUGGGAAAAACCUGCCUCAUUAAUAGAUUUUGCAAAGAUGUGUUUGAAAGAGACUACAAAGCCACAAUAGGAGUCGAUUUUGAGAUUGAGAAGUUUGAUAUAUCUGGAGUACCUUUCUCCCUUCAGAUCUGGGAUACAGCUGGGCAGGAAAAAUUCAAAUGCAUUGCAUCUGCAUACUAUAGAGGCGCUCAGGUUAUUAUCACAGUGUUUGACAUAGCAGACAUUCAAUCCCUGUAUCAUACAUGUUUCUGUUUUUAUAGCCAGUGGUUGGAGGAAGUCAUGAGAGAAAAUGAUCCUGACUCCUGUUUGAUCUUCUUGGUUGGCACCAAGACUGACCUUCUGGCCUCAGAUGAAAGACAGAAAACUGAAAGAGAUGCCGUCCGUAUAGCAGCAGAAAUGCGUGCAGAGUUCUGGGCAGUUUCAUCCAAAACAGGGGAGAACGUGUGUGCAUUUUUCUUUAGGGUAGCAGCUUUGGCCUUUGAAAACUCUAUAACGAAGGAUAUGGAGAAAGGCGUUCCUGCUAGUAUUGGCCAUGGUGACACCAUCAAAUCAGAUCAUAUCAUCCUUGCGGAGGGCACAAAUCAUGAGGUGAAGAGAAGCUGCUGCUGAUAAAAAGAAUCAGCCUAUUGAGGAGAGCUGCUCCACACAGAUACAGCUGCAACUGCCCAUGGUCUGGUUUUUUCUUCCUGUCAUUAAAACCACCAUGUAUUUGAUGUGUGUAAAUAUUUCAAUCAAAUCUUAAUGGAUUGACACUGCCAGUACUGUCAGGAUUAUGUUUUUCACGCUGCAUGUUAUGGUUUCAAAUCAGCAGGAUAUAUUACAGUCAGUUUAAAUUAUGUCCUGCUCAUGUAUUGUUACAAAACAUUAGGCACAUAAAAUACAGAUCUAACUGCAUUUAUUAUUUUAGAAGUAAACUAUAGGAACCAUUUGUAUAAAGGACGUGUUUUCUUUGCUUAAAUUCUUCCUGUAAACUGAUGCAUUAGAACUUCUUUCUGACUCCAUAGUGUUUUUUUCUUUUAUCAGUGUCUAGUGAAAUAUGUCUCAUUAAUUUUGUAAUACGCACAGAGGAAAUGUGUAUUCAAAAAAAGCAAAUGUAUGUGUUUACUCAAAAGUAAUGACCGUGUGAAUGGUUCUAAAUAUUUCUGAACUAUAAUGUAUAAAUAAAAAAUAUACAUGUCAAAUUUA